GGAUGUUUGUAUCGUACUUCUUUGUAAUAAUGAGGAAGACCUGUAAAUAAUAACGAGGAAGACAUUGGUGUUCACAGUCCUAUAUCCGCGUGCCAUACGCAUAUAAAUACACUGGAAAGGACAUUGCACAUUAUUAAAAACCAAACAAGGUACGAGAACCAAACACUAGCACAUAAUUGAACGCCUAGUAAAUUGACACUAUGUCGUCCAGCGUGAAUCGACGUGUCUCCACUACGGCGGAGAAGCGUAUUUCGUACAGCAUGGAGGGGCGUGCGUCAUAUACUGCGCGACCGAGUUACACAGGGCGCCCUUCAUACGGUCAGCGUAUGAGUGCAAGUUCCUCAUAUCGACCGUCAAUCGAAGACGAAAAUAAGGGUAAGUCAAGUGUUACUGAGCUAGAAGACGUUGCUGUUUCCUCCGAAGAUAUGGACAACAAUAAAGAGACACAAGAGGCCAUUUUAGAGGACGAAAUGGUUGCGAAUGCAGAGAGGUUAGCGAAGCAGAAUGGUAUGCUACACAGAUGGCUCUAUACUGACGCGUGGUUAGGCUUUUCCCGUGGUCAUUGGGUAACGUGUGGUUUGAUGGUCAUUGUUUUAGUGAUAUGGAUGGUGACCACGUUCAUGGCACACGGGGCUAUGACACAUGAGAACGGAGAGUUUGGGCAAUUGCAUGCAGUGAGUUUCGAUCACCCAUAUGAUUAUGAUCUAGCGAUGGAUCCUUUGACCCACGUAGAGUGGCACAUUGCAGUCGAGUGGGAGGUACAGCCAGCAAGUGAGACAUACGCCGGGGGAGGUCACAGACGGAGAAAUGCGGGUAUUGUUCAGUUAUUCCAAGAAUUGGAGAGACUCAAUAACCCCGACCGUGUGCGUCGCGCAACUGAUACGUCACAUGUCGGAGUAAACGGCACAAUGCUCACUAUGACGACUGAGGUGGUGCGCUUAGAUGAUGGCGUGUGGUCCGUUGUACCAGACACACAAGACACACAGGCUGCUGUGGAUGAGAAUGGUCUUAUAACUAUGUCUGUUCAUCAUGAUCUUACUGCUCAGGCUGAUGCGGAGGGACUUGCUGCACGAGUGUACAUCAACAGCCUAGAGCCCGUACCUAUGGUCAUGAAAGUAUACCAGACUGGCUGGUUUGGAAAUCAACAAGUUUGGGUUGCUGGGGUGACGCUAGUGGCUAUGUAUGUACUCAUUGUGUUUGAGAUCACACACAGAACUAUAGCGUCUUUGCUAGGUAUGAGUGUGACACUCAUGUGGUUAGUGUUCCUGGGUAAGUUCCCAAGUGUCGAAGAGGCAUUCGGCUGGUUGGAACAGGGUGUACUGAUGCUUCUAUUCGGCAUGAUGCUCAUCGUGUUUGUUAUCUCACAGACCGGAGUAUUUGAGUGGAUGGCAAUCCAGGCGUACAAGUUGUGCAGGAAUAAGCUGUGGCUGCUCAUGGUGAUCCUGGCGACUGUGACAGGGGUCCUAUCUGCCUUCUUGGACAAUGUUACAACCAUGUUGUUGAUGGCGCCUGUGACCAUCCGUCUUGCUAAUUUACUUGGCAUAGACCCACGUCCGAUGUUGAUCUGCGAGUGUAUCAUGUCCAACAUUGGUGGUACUGCUACUAUGAUCGGAGACCCCCCAAAUAUUAUUAUUGGGCAAGCGUUGGGAGAUUACAUCGGCUUUGUAGACUUCCUGUUUCACAUGUUGCCUGGUGUAGUCAUAAUCUUCCCCUUUGCACUCGGCUUCUUAUGGCUGUUGUUCCGUAAAGACCUAAAGGGUGACGCAACCAUUGAUGACUUGGAGUCUGUCGCAAAGGACUAUCAAGUUCAUGACAAGCCCUUGUUAAUGCGCGUGGGUAUGGUUUUCGUGGUUGUAAUCCUCCUUUUCUUCACAGAACCAGUUCAUCACAUUGACGUGGCUUGGGUUGCUCUGAUAGGUGCAGUUCUCAUGUUGCUAGUCAGUUCGCCAGAGGAUGCAGAGACGGCCCUAGAGCACGUCGAAUGGGACACUUUGGUGUUCUUCAGCUCCUUGUUCAUCAUGAUCGAAGGUCUUGCGGAGAUGGGACUGAUUACCUGGAUGGGUGAUAUGAUUGGCCAGGGCGUUGGUGCAGCAGCCCCUGAACAGCAAAUGAUGGUAGCCAUAAUCAUCCUCAUUUGGGUGUCCGGUAUUGUGAGUGCAUUCCUCGACAACAUUCCUUUCACCACUACCAUGGUACCUGUGGUACUGGCCUUGGCGAACAACCAAAGUCUGUAUUUGGAACUUGAACCCAUGGCUUGGGCUUUGGCUUUCGGUGCAUGUCUGGGAGGUAAUGGUACACUCAUCGGAGCGUCUGCCAAUCUAGUAACAGCAGCUGUUGCACAACGUGACAACCGAGAGAUUUCGUUUAUGUAUUGGUUUAGAUACGGAUUCCCCACCAUGAUCUUGACCCUCAUCGUCGCGACAGCUUACAUGUUGGUGCGGUACGUACUCUUAGCCGACAGUUAUGUAAAUUAGAUAAAUUUUAAACAAUAUAUGAAUAACAAGUAAAUAAACAUACAAAAUUUCAUGCCUCAAUUAAUGGCAG